AUGAAGACAAGGGCAUUGACUGGAGAAGAGCUCCAUCUUGAGUUGGACGUUGAUGUCGAAUUUGUAGAUGUACCUGGCCUUGGUGAUGACACCGGUAAUAAAGCUAUUAGCGGCGCUCUAAGCAAGGCGGACGUUAUUCUUUUCUUCGGCAGUGGUCAGUCCGGGAGACCUGUUUCAGCAGAAGAUAUUGCACAAGUUUUUCGAAGACGAGAUAAAAAGUUUGAAUUUGUCUCCCGACCAAAAAUUGUCCACAUAUUUAAUGACAGAAAUCCGUGUCCGCCACCGCUUAAUGAGUUUGAUGACCUGUGCAAAGAGAAGAAGAAAAAUCUCGACAAAGCAUGGUCUAGCUUUAUUUCAAGUGUUAGGGAAGAGGAUGGCAUUUUAUACCAAGAGGCGAGAGUACCGCUUCCGAAACUGAAUAGCGAAGACUUCUUAGACAAAUUGUCCAAGGAAAGUGAAUGUAUCUAUUUUCAUGCAGAAAGUGCCGAUUUUCUGACGUCGUUGAAGAGCGUAGUGCAUAAUCACGUCCGAGAUGUAAAGAUCAAGCAAACGAUCCACCCAUUCUUACAGAGUGUUCACUGGGCUGCCAAAAUCCUCAGAAAGCGAGUGGAUACGACGACAAAGAAAGGGAAUAUUGUCGGAAUCGAUGAAGGACAAGUAUUUUUUGAAAUGCUCUCUAGAGUCUAUGAAGAUGAAGAGAGUGAACUCAUCAUGUCCUUUAUGAAUAAAGCACUUCCAGUAGAAUCGGAUAUCAAAAGCUUGCAUGAAUUUCUUUACAGCAAAUUCCUGCUCUCCUUAAAAACGCGUCAAUUUCUCGCGAAAGUUCUGAAAAGAUCACUGGAAAGCUAUGCUUCCAGACUGAAGAAUAAAGCUUUUCAUAAUUCAAACUUAGGUUCACCUGAAGAUGCCCCAAAAGAUAUCUUGGAGUUGACUGAAAUAGCGUGCAUCGCUAGAGUAGAGCACUUUUGUGCGAACGUCGCACCCACGUACUUGCUUGGUUUUUUGAAAAAGAGGCAGAAGCAGAUCUCAUUACAGAAGGAUGAUACGUUGGAUUGGAAACCAGAUGCUUGCGUCGAAAGCAAGAGUGACUUAGUGGAAAGAUAUUUGCAUCUUCUUCUGAAAAAGGCUGCAAAGUCACUUGAGGAUGACAGACUUCGUAAGCCGAAGCAAGCAAGUAGACCGCCCUAUUUUCAGUUGAUGAAGACGCUUGAGGAAUUAGUUGUGAAACUGGUCCCUGCAAGUUCAUUUGAAGAUGCUUGCAAGACAGUAUUUUUAAAUUCGUUGAAAGACAAGUUGCCGAAGGUAAUAGAGUUCUGCAAUGAUACUAUUCGAAAGAUUAACCCGCACCCAAAAUUAGAUGUUCGUGCUCUACCAUCACUGCCCGAGAAAAUGACAAUUGCCAAAGACAAAGACAAAGAAAUACCAUCACAGUCUAGUCCUGACAAAAUAAUCAGUGAACUGACAAGACUCCUGCUUAAUCCUGACCAAAAGAAGAAGAAGAAGAAAGAUAUCAUUAGUGAAAUGGAAACGAAGUUGAAGCUUAAACUUGGCUCUUUGAAAGGUCAACAACCCCAGAAUGUGGAUCAGAGAUUGUGGACAUUGGGUCUUGUUCAUGUUCUUAGCGACAAGGAACAUUUCGAUAUUCCAUUACCCCCCGAAAUAACCCUUGAUCCUACAGCACACGAGGCACUUUUGAAUGUUGCACGGGAAAUUCUGUUCGCUCACCAGAAGUCAUCUAUAUUCUGUCAUAUUGUUAAAACUGGUGACGAACAGUUACAUCCUGAUCAUGAGGAUGUAAUUCAUUUGAAGAUCGACGCCCCCCAAAAAUGUCUUGAAGCAUUGGUCUCUUCGAGUAUGCAGAACAUGCUCAAUGCCAUGUGUGCACAAUUUCAAGAUCCUACACAGCAUGUGGCACCGAUAUUUAUUCCGAUAACACGGCCUGGGCCUGAUAUUCAAGGAAACUAUUUUCUUGACGAAGAUCCCUGGCUUAAUUCUUCACCACUACAAGAAGAAAGUGGCGAGAAAGAUGGAGAAGCAAGGGGGGAUUCAACUCAAGGCAAUGCUUUAAAGUUGAAUAUUUUUCUUGUUGUGGAACCAAAUCAUCUCGAAAGGUUAAAAUCUACUAUUAAAGAUCUGCGGUAUCCAAGAGAACACGACGUUCAAUUGAUCUACGUCGUUUUGCCUCAAAAAGGACGUGGAAUUGGCGUAACCAGGUCCGUAAUCAAAAGUUUAGCGGAAUGCCUUAAGUUCUCACUGUAUUGGACAAUAGAUGAUAAUGUCCAGACUAUGUUUCGCUAUGUUCAAGACGAUCACAGGUGGCUCAAGUGUCCACUUACCUCUGGCCUUCUCUUUGGACAACGUGUGUUCCAAGGUUGCUUGGAGAAUUCUGUAAAACGUCUUUCUCAUGAUGAAGUAGAACGAAUUUUUAGAAGUAUAGAAGUUUGGGAAGACUGGGCCAAGCACGGCAAGCCAGGGUGGAUGGCUCGGAAAAUACUCUAUAGUGAGAAGUCACUUUCUGAAGUGCAAAGAAAUCGAGACCUUUUGCAUUUGCCUUUUGCUGACAUUUCGGAGAUCUGUAAAGGUGAUCCCGACAAAGAAGCCAAAUUGAAAGCUUAUGAGCGUGAAUUUGUUUCUACAUGCAAAAAAGUGCUAUUCGAAGACACCAUCAACCACAUAUCGGGUGUCUCUCUUGCGGAUGUAAAGAGCAAAGGAUCUGACUUUAUGAGCAGGUAUCCAAAGGCUGACUACAUGCGCUCUAAAACGCUGUCCCAAGUGGUUUUGAAUAAUGGAGAUGCUCUGAAAGGAAAGAACUUCGUCAGUGACGAGGUGAUUUUACACGACGAAGAAUUGCAAGUUUACGAUGAAAACAAGUGCAAUGAUCCUUACUGGGGCAUAAAAGGAAGCGAAACAUCUUUCCGUCGUGCGCUCGAAAUCAGUGGUUUGGUAGGCUAUCGAGUGAUUCGAAUUGUAUACAAAUGCAAGAAACUAAGGAACGCUUUCGACGUGGAAAGUUCUGAAAGGAAAGCUCAAAGAUUGGGCAGAUCUAAGGAUGUUGAUGUGAAUGAAGACGUUGACAUGGGUGACUAA